CUUCUUACCACUGACUACGCGAUGCGCCUCAAAAUAAGGUUCAAAGAACCAUGCCACAUCCCCAGACUUCGCACUUACCACACCGCCUUUCCUUUUGUUCCAUUCUCAUUCGAAGACAUACUUCAGCCCUCAUUCAGUUCCUGGGCAGUCAGCAUUCGACUUUCUCUCCAUUCCACCCUCAAUGGCAGCAUCCGCAAUACCGCCUAUGCAGGAGUGCCUCGAGUUCGUUGCAGCCGAGGGGCGUUAUGAGCUGCAGCAGGAUAUCUUUCUGGACCAGGUUUUACCCCACCCCGUCAUACCCACCUUCGUCUCCUCGGUGUCUGUGAAAUACAAGGACUAUCUCAAUGGCUCAGGAAACGGAGCAAACUACGAGGGAGUCCUCUUGUCAGCCAUAAAUCUCGACCGUUUGGAUGAGCAGCUCAAGGACCUCAAGGUUUCAGAAGAACGGCCUAGGGAGGAAGACGAUAACCACGAUGGCAAUAGCUUGGCAGGAAACUUUCAUGGGAAUCUCGUAGACUUACCAGGCUUGAAUGACGAUAGUUCAGGAUACAAGAGCCCCAAAAACGGGAUGAUGUCUCCAGGACCACCACAGGUGAUGACACCAGGCCCACCUCCGCUCAAGGACUCGACUUCUUCCAAUCGCCUACCAGAUAUCCACUACAAUGGUCUGCCCAACGCUUCUUUUACAACUAAACCCCUUAGUCACGCAGCGAGUUUUCCACAAAUACCGACGCAAUUGCAGGAGGAAGGAGCCAACCAGGUGGCGAACUAUGCUGCAGUGGGACCCUCCUCUGCCUCGUCUGCAGGGUUUACAUCGUUCUUCAGCGGAAAGCGCAAAAAGCCUAAAAGCAACAUCACAAAGACCAACUCAACAUUCGUGGCCAAAAUCACAACCAACGAGAACCUCUCAAAGAUACUUGCGAAUAGAGUGAAUGAGGACGUAUAUUUGUUCUGGAACACAGGCAGGACGUUCAGCUGGAGUGACCUUGGACAGAAGCCAAAUGAGCCAUUGUCACAUAUAUCGUUUACAAAGGCGUUCCCAACCACCCACGAUGUCAACGUGCUGACCCGUAGCUGUGACCAUUUGGAUGUCAUCAUCGGGUUCUCCACAGGCGACAUUAUCUGGUUUAACCCCCUCAGUAACAAGUACUCUAGACUGAACAAGCAGGCUAUUAUCAAGGAUAGCGCAGUGACAAUGAUCAAAUGGAUGCCAGGGUCUGAAAGUCAGUUUAUGGCCUCGUUUCAAGACGGGACUAUAGUUGUAAUGGACAAGGAUAGAGACGACAAUACCUUCACAGCCCCAACGCCGCCUCAUGAAAACAGUUUUCAUGCCACGAAACCGAAGCAUGGAAGACACAAUCCGAUCUCUCACUGGAGCAUCUGUAAGAAAUCCAUAACCGCGUUCUCGUUCUCGCCGGACCUUCAACACGUCGCAGUCGUGGCCAUGGAUGGUGGGCUAAGGAUCAUUGAUUUCCGGCAUGAGCGACUCAUUGAGACUUUCCAGUCGUACUUUGGUGCCCUCAACUGUGUCUGCUGGAGUCCGGACGGUAAAUACAUCCUGACAGGCGGCCAGGACGACUUGGUGACGAUAUGGUCCUUUAAGGAUAUGCGGAUCGUGGCUCGCUGUCAGGGACACCAGUCGUAUGUCACUGGAGUAGCUUUUGAUUCUUGGAGAUGCGACGAGCGGAAUUAUCGAUUCGGAAGUGUUGGCGAAGACGCAAAACUCCUGUUAUGGGACUUUAGUGUCGGUGCACUGCAUAAGCCUAAAAUGCGGAGAGGAAGCAGCGGCACUGUACAUGGAGCAAGUGGGUUCAAACCCGGUCAUCGUAGCAAAGGAAGCAUUACCAGUCUCCGAGGCCCUGGCGGACAUAGCCUGUUCUCUGGACACAACAAAUCGGCCCUUUCGCAGCAACUGGUUCUACCAAAAGAUACCCUAAGCGAAGACACAACUACAGCAGCAGUGAUUUCGGAGCCAAGUAAAGGCUCUUCAGCAACACCGUCCGUAGCUUCAUCAACUCGAAAGAACAGUAUCCUGCAUCAGGACGCACAACUGACCACCAGCAGCUCCGAGAGCGCCUUGUUCGGCGACACAUCGUCCAUGCUGUCGACACUGAUCUCAGAAGGCGGCGACGGUUCUCAGCAGGGAACAGCGACGACGAGCAGUAGUAGUAGUAUGCAUACGGCGGACGAAAAGGCACACAAGAAGUCGGCGGCUCAGCAAGCACGCGGCGGUCUUCCUAGUAUUAAUAUUCCACGGUACAAUACCAGCGAUGUCAAGAAUGGUGGCGAACAUGGGCAUCACAGUAUGGGACUCUCAUCCAUGUUCCAAUCAAACAAGCAUCAUCAACAACAACAACAACAACAGCAACAGCAACAACAACAAAUGGAUGCAGCAGCAGCACAGGAGCCGUUGGUGCGGCCACCUGAGCCGCGUUCCCGCGUCGCGAUGUUGCAGCCGUUUAUGGUGGCGGCGAUCCAUCAUGAGCCGCUGUCGAGUAUCACGUUCCGCGAGGAUGCGGUCAUGACGAGCGACCGGAGGGGGCAUAUCAAAGUGUGGAAGCGGCCGUCGACUGGGUUUCCUCUUCAGUAGUUGUGAACUGAGCAAGUUUUUUUUUUAGAGAUAAUAAAAACGUACUUGGAAGAUCGCUAUGA